AUGGCUUCGAUCCCACAUCCCUUGUCGGCUCUGUCCAUGGCAGAGACCAACCGGGCCCGUGACAUCGUCCUCGCCGCCCAUGCCGGAUCCGUCCUCGACUUCAGACAGCUCUACGUGCUGGAACCGCCAAAGGCCGAGGUCAUCAAGUUCCUCGACCUUGAGCACUCGGGCAAACUCACAGCUUCGUCGCCGAGACCGGCGAGGUGCGCCCAGGUCUUUUACGAUGUCAUUGGCGGCGCCAGCAAAGUACAGUACACCGAGUCCGUCGUGGACCUCGACCUCGGCAAGGUCGUCGACCAGAAGGUCAUUGGUCCCGAGCACCAGGCGAGCUUAACGAUAUAUGAUUUCGAGACCCUCGCCCAGGCCGUCGAUCGCUCGGCACUCUUCAAGGAGAAGAUCGCCGAGCUCCAGCUGCCCGAGGGCUUCGAGGUGGUCGUCGAGCCGUGGCCGUACGGCGCCCCGGACCCAGCGGACGGGGACACGCGGUUCUUCCAGGCGCUCAUCUUCGCCCGGGACACGCGGAGCGGCAACCCGGACUCCAACUUCUACGCCUACCCCCUGCCGCUGAUCCCCGUCAUGGACGCCCGCACCAAGGAGAUUGUGCGCAUCGACGAGCUCGCCACCGGCGGCAAGGGGGACGCCCUCGGCGGCAGGACGCACAAGCCCACCGUCGUCGACCACUGCCGGGACAGCGAGUACGUGCCGGAGCUGCUGCCCAACGGCACGCGCGCGGACCUGAAGCCCCUGACCGUCGUCCAGCCCGAGGGGCCCAGCUUCUCGGUGACGGACGGCAACCUCGUCCAGUGGCAGAAGUGGCGCAUGCGAGUCACCUUCAACCCGCGCGAGGGCGCCGUUAUCCACGACGUCCGGUACGACGGCCGUCCGGUGAUGUACCGUCUCAGCAUGAGCGACAUGACCGUACCAUAUGCCGACCCUCGGCCGCCCUUUCACCGCAAGCAGGCGUUCGACUUUGGUGAUGGUGGCCUCGGUAACGCCGUCAACAACUUGACUCUGGGCUGCGACUGUCUCGGCGUCAUCAAGUACUUCGACGGCGUCCUCACCGACGCCAAGGGCAACGCUGUCGAGACCAAGAACGUCAUCUGCCUCCACGAGCAGGACAACGGCAUCAACUGGAAGCACACCAACUGGCGCACCGGGCGCGCCGUCGUCACGCGGCGCCGCGAGCUCGUCGUGCAGUUCAUCAUCACCCUCGCCAACUACGAGUACAUCUUCAACUUCAAGUUCGACCAGGCGGCCGGCAUCGUCGUGGAGGCGCGCGCCACGGGCAUCGUCUCCGUGGUCAACAUCGACGAGGGCAAGACGGCGCCCUGGGGCAACGUCGUCAGCCCCGGCGCGCUGGCGCAGAACCACCAGCACGUCUUCUGCGUGCGCAUCGACCCGUCCGUCGACGGCCACGAGAACACGGUGGUGCAGGAGGAGUCGCUGCCGCUGCGGGCGGACCCGCGGACGAACCCGAACGGCAACAUGUACGAGGUGCGCCGGACGCCCGUCGCGACCUCGGGCGGCUUCGACGCGGCGCCGAUGAGCAACCGCGUCUUCAAGGUGCAGAACGCGGCCAAGACGAACCCGGUCAGCGGCAAACCCGUCGCGUACAAGAUCACGCCGCCCCCGACGCAGCUGCUGCUGGCGGACCCGGACAGCGUGCAGUCGCGGCGGGCGCUGUUCGCGCGCCACCACCUCUGGGUGACGCGGUACCGCGACUACGAGCUCUACGCCGGCGGGCGGUACACGCUGCAGAGCAAGGCCGAGGUCGGCGGCGUCAAGGACGCGGCCGACCGGAACGAGGACGUCCUGGACAAGGACGUCGUGCUGUGGAGCGUCUUCGGGCUGACGCACAACCCGCGCGUCGAGGACUGGCCGGUGAUGCCCGUUGAGAUGCUGCAGCUGCACAUCACGCCCUCGGACUUCUUCACGGGCAACCCGGCGCUCGACGUGCCCUCGAACAAGGAUAUCGGCUCUCAGCUCACGACGGGCAACCAGGGCUGCUGUGCCAAGGAGGAGGUAGCCAUCCGGAGCAAUCUGUGA